AUGGAAGUUGAAUCUACAGUAUGUUUUUCUGAGGAAACAGUAUCCAAGUAUACAACAUUUGAUACUGACACUUACAAUCAUUGCAAGGAAGUGCUAAGAGAAGUUGCUAACAGCGACUGCACUAUCAACGAUGACCAUUUGGUAGAAGCAAUAAACUUUUUGUCAUUCGAAAAGCUUCCAUUGACAUUGUACAA